GGCGGCGGCGGCGGCGGCUCUGUGCCCUGGCCUCCAGAUGGAAGCGGUGCCGGAUCCCGGGCCGCGGCUCUGCUGCAAGCCUGGAGGGCGGCUGGACAUGAGUCACGGCUUCGUGCACCAUAUCCGAAGGAACCAGCUCGCCCGGGACGACUACGACAAGAAGGUGAAGCAGGCGGCCAAGGAGAAGGCGAGGAGGCGGCACACGCCCGCGCCGACGCGGCCCCGCAAGCCCGACCUGCAGGUGUACCUGCCGCGACGCCGAGAUGUUUCUACCCACCCAAGCAACCCAGACUGUGAGGAGUCCGGUGAAAGCAGCAGUAGUGGCGGCUCCGAGCCAGAGCCUUCUGGCCAUCAGCUCUUCUGCUUAGAGUAUGAGGCAGACAGCGGAGAGGUCACCUCAGUUAUCGUGUAUCAGGACGAUGAUCCAGAAAGGGUGAGUGAGGAGGUAUCAACACACACGCCUCUGGAUCCACCCAUGCGAGAGGCCCUCAAGUUGCGCGUCCAGGAGGAGAUUGCAAAGCGCCAGAGCCGACACUGACCAGGCUGAAGGCAUUCUCUCCAGGCUGGAUUCACUGCCCAGGGAGCUCACCCCUAGUUUGGGGGGUACCAGGACCAGUCUGGGCUGAUCUUGAGACCCCCUCAGAGCUGCCACAUCCACAGGAAAAGGGUGUUGCAGGGACUAUGCCUGGCCACCUCCCUUGUAGCUAUUCUUGUAUGUUGGCCCAUUUGACCAGCCUAAUAAUUCUGGAAUUUUUUGAGAAUUCUCUUUGGCUAGCUUGGUGUUCUGGAAGCAGAGAUUCCAGGGAGAGCUGAGUUUUAUGGAGCAUUGUGCCAACAUGCUGCUUUCUCAGUGAGGUCAUAUGCCGUGGAACACCUGGCCGCUGCUGCUCCACGCGGCUCCCCAAGCCAUGUUUAUUUUAUGGCUUCUUUCUUCUGUGCUUCUGCUCACUUCUAUGUUUCCCUAGAUCUUUUUUUCAGCUCUGUUUCUUUGUUCUUUCCUUUCCCUCCUCUUUUUGUCUCAGAAUCCAUCAGUUCCACCCCACCCCCCACUUCCCAAUAUGACUGUGUACCUCCAGCCACUCAGGACUUUGGAGGUGGGGGGUUCUGGGAAUCUACCUUUCUCACAAGCUCUCCCACUAAUUCUGAUACCAAUCAAGUGGGAGAGCUUCAUUUUUGAGGCGUACUUGCAAGCAUGUCUCCCUCCCCUUCCAUGGCUUUUGCAAGUUUUUCUCAUGCUGAACUGCUGUGCCCUGUCCAAAUAAGGAGACCUAGGAAGAUGAUGCCAGAUUUCUUACAGCAAAACCUGCCUUGGUUAGGGCUACAGAACUCCAGCUUUUAACCUCAUCCCUAGUUGUGAACAGACCAUCCUCUGCUCAGACUAAAGGGAAUUAUCAAAACAAGCUCAAAACUAACUCUCCAAAUGUGAUUUAACACUCUUGAAUAUACAUACAAGGGAAUUCAACAUUAGCAGUAAUUGCCUAUGUGGAGUCUAGUUGCCAAAAAGGAAAAAAAAGGGCCCCAAACAAUGCCCCAGAGAGAGUGCAAUGAGCCUCUCUCAUUUGCCCUUCCCGUCCCCCAUGCUUUCUCCUUUCCUGCCUCUCAAGAGUAUACAAACUGAAAUCCUUAGAACAAAGAUCCCCAGGAAUAUCACUGCUUUCACCUAAGUGAACAUUUUUCCUAGUGCAGAGUUAGGUUAAGGUCUGAGAAGUCUGCAAGACAUCCUGCACACUAAAGUUCCAAGCCAUUUCAGUUUUCCAGCAAAUCAGCCCGACCUCAUUGACUUGAAGUAUAGGGUUUAAGUGAGCCUGUGAGCACUGAGACCUCUUGAAACCAAAGUCCCCCUGCCCCGGGGGUUUCUCCACAUCAGGGUCUAAAGAUCAGUCUGGCUGUUCCAUCUCAGCAGCUUUUCUCUUAAAGGACAGCUGAGGACACUGUUGGUUUGUGCCUUACACUUGAAAAUCUACCACCUCAGAUAUGAGGCAAGGCAGCUACUUAAACUACAUCAUUAAAAUGCAGCAAGCCACUGCUUUGCAGUGCCAGUAGGAUGCUGGAAGGUGAGUGAGAUGGGUAAGUUAGAAGGGCCUGGCUGUGAAGGCAUCCAGGACCAGAGUGCCCCUGACCCACAGAGCUGGCCCAAGGUUAAAUGCCUUAAACUUGCCAGUCUUAGACUCAGUUUCCUUUCAAAAGAGAAAAAGGUCUGCCCUCUACUUACUCAGAGAAGUGCCUUUUGACUUAUAAUGUUAACUACCCUCCAGAGCCUUCUGGGUAAAGGAGGCUAUGCCAUACUUCAUCCCCAAUCUUCCUGCAGCUCAGAGGACCAGUCAUUUUAGUCUUCCAGCUCUUCAACUGAUCUUCUGACUUGGACAUAGGAUUUCACUGGAACUCUCAGGCAUCCUAGUCUGGCAAUACUUUUUGGGUCCGUCUUCUCACAGCUGGCUGGCCUGUUUCCUGGAUUUAUUAUAGAAUUUAGAGACAAGACCAGAAGACAAGGUUGGGGACAUGGCACCUGAAACUUUAGUCUCCCUUCCUGUUUUGUGAGAAAGGAAAUGUGUGCGUAUUGUGUACUUUUAUGUGUUUGUCAUGUAAUCCUCACACUCAGGUAAGAGACUGAUGGGAACUCCUUGCUUGUAAACUUUUUUUGUUGAGGCACUUUGCUUAUCAGGUGCAUAUAAAAUAUUUUCCUCCUAAGAAAGCAUUCUAAUUCUUAGCUAAUUUAGGCAGUAUGACUAUAUAAAGCAUUAAGCCUGGUAUUUAAAUGAGAGGUUGUCCUUUAGAGUAGGAGGCCUGUCGAUGAUGACACUGCCAUUGCUCCAGGCAUGCCUGAAAUACUUCUCUGGUGAUGGCCCUCAGCCAGUUGACACUCUUAGAGCUCAUGCUGAUUGCUUAUUGCCACCCCUCAUCUGGGGUCCAGGAUGGUAACUAUCCAAUUUAUUAACCAAACUUGCCUCCAGACAUCAUCCAGCUGUUUUCAAAAACUGGUGCUUUGCCAUCAAGGAGCAUGUUCCAGACCAUUUCCCGCAGGCUCUAGAAAUGUCCCACAGAGGACUGUCCCAUGUUGUUUGAGGCAGUGGCAGCAGAGUUGGACCAGCUGGAGCUUUCCAGCAGGCUGCUUCAGAAUCAACACUCAUUUGACUAGAUACAUUCUUGGCUAUCUAAAAAAAACGUCUGGUAGCCUGAUAGACAUAUCUCAUGCCCAUCCAAAAUGAAGUGUUCUUCGCUUAUUGAGGGUAAGCCUUGGAUUUUAAGGCUUUGUGUUGCCUGGGCCACAACGGAUGGUGGUACAAAUAGAAGGAAGCUGGGGUUUGCAGGGGCUUUGGGCUGUGCAAGAGUAAACACUUGAGUUCCAACCAGUUGGCAAGCAUGGAAAUCUUUGAAGAAUGUAAUGCAAGAAGAGAAAAGAAUGUAAAGGUUUUUGUACUGAGUGAGAAUGGGAGCCUGUGGAGCCUGGCCAGCCAGCAGGACCAGUGUGGGCAACAAGAAGUGCUUCUCCCUGUGGACGAGCCUCUGAAAGGGACAUUCCUCUCCAUGGUCCACUCUGAGGGGCACUGCCUACUAAAGAUUAGCCCAUGGAGCUAGAAGAAACCCUUUGGGGUAGUAUCAAACGUGCUGUGCAUUUGACAGGAUCCCUGGAUGGUAGUGUAGUGGAUUCCCGCCUGCUUCACAAAUGUAAAUGAGGCCUUUGCAUAUAGAAAGAGGAAUGAGGAUAGAUUACUUUCCUACCUCUGAGCCUUGUUUUGGGAGAAUCACCAUGGAAUCUUGACAGUUAUUUGGAACACUUUAAGCUCCCUCAUUGAAUUCCUAUCCUGUCCCUGAGGAAUCUGAUGGCCAAGAAGCCCUAGGCACCCACCACAAAUUUCCUUAGUAGUUGGAGUGAUGCUAGAAAUGAAAACCUUCCAAGUGAAUGGCUCCUCUGCCUUCUCAGAGCCGCCAGAAUGAGACACUGGUUGCACUGGUUAUGUUGUGAUGUUACGUGUAUAAAAAGCCAUACAUUCUGUUUUCUCAUUUCCAAUGUUUCUGCUGAGUGGAUGAAUGAAGUGUGCAAAUUAUUUGAAAAUCCUGGAAGGAAGUUACUUUUCAAAUACAGUAUUCUUUUUAACCAAUAAACUUAACUAUUUUUACAACA